AUGGGAAUGUUUAAUGAAUGCAUCAAGCCUUUUGAUCACCCUCGCUCGGUUGGGUUCAGUAGUGCCGGAAGGGCAGGACUUGGAGCCCAACGGCUUGAUCACCUGCAGCCACCCGCAGCCGUCCCGAGGACAGCGCCUCUCCUUCCUCGGCCUCGGAGCGCCAGGCCCGGCCUCCUCUCACAGCUUCCUCUCCCACUCCUGCCUGUUCAGGCCCGUUCGGUGUUGAGACUUGGCAGCAAAUGGAUGUGGGAGAGCCGGCUCCGCGCAGGUGACCUUGGGGAGGCCUUCGGAGCCCGGAGUGUACAGCGCCCUCUAGAGGACGAGAGCGGCGGCGGCCCCCGCCCCACGCCCAGUUCGUGCCCGUCCCGCGGCGGCCGUCGCAGCAUCAGGGCUCCCCCUCAGUCUCUGGUGGGAGACAGAAGGGGACAUGGCAGAGACUUGCUGCCUUGGAGGAAAAGCCUGUUAAAAGAACGGAUUUGUGUGUGGAACAAGGUCGUGCACUUAUUGGCUUUCUGCUGCAUGGCAUCAAUAUACCAGACAAGGAGAAUCUGUUUGCUUUCACCAGAGCCUGGUGCCGUGUGCAGGGCCCAAAGCACAUAUAUAUUCCCAGAUGCUGCCGGCGCCCAAGUACAGAGGCAUCUGGGAGGAGGGGCUUCACAGCGAGCGGAGGAGCAGAGGACAGCCAAGCCCUGGUUGCGAGACAGAAAUAUGUUACCUGGAAACAUCAUUACCCUUUGAGCAAUGAGCGAGGCUGGUGGGAAGGGGCAGGUGAGCCUGUGUGGCCCGGGUCUCUCUGAAGCUAUGUCAGAGAUAGAUGACUUCCCAGACGUUCCUUGAAUUCCCUUUUGUCGCCUCCACCCAUCUGUCCAACCGCUGUAGCUUGCCUAAUAUUAUUAAUUGAGCUGCUCGGACGACAACUAUUGCUAAUAUGGCAACACUUCAUUUCUCCGUCGUCAUCAGCAAUGAGCUGUUCCGCAGAACUACAUUUUCCAGCUGACUGAACUCUACUUCUUUGAGCACCCAAAUUUCGUUUGUUUUCAUCAUUUUGAAUAGCCAUCUUUCUAAAAUGUUUUAAACACCUGUUUUCUUGCCUUGCUUCCACAAGCGUGAUGGAAGCUUAUCUCAGUAAU